UUCAUUUCUCUGCAGAUUAAGAGAUUCGCUGUUCGCACGUUGGAGGAGAAGCUACAGAGUUCGAGGGGAAAAGAGAUCAGUAAUAUUGUCGGUAGCCGAGCUUUGCAGGAAUGGCUGGCUCGUGGAAGAGAUCAGCGUCUUCGAUCGUUCUCUGGACCGUACUCAUAGGGAGUUUGUUUGCGAUUUCCAUAGCGAAAGAAGAAGCUGCAAAACUUGGAACAGUUAUUGGCAUAGAUCUCGGGACAACUUAUUCGUGUGUUGGUGUUUAUAAAAAUGGACACGUUGAAAUCGUGGCGAAUGAUCAAGGUAACCGUAUCACUCCUUCAUGGGUGGCUUUCACUGACGGCGAGAGGUUGAUUGGUGAAGCUGCAAAGAAUCAGGCAGCAGUUAAUCCAGUAAGGACUAUCUUUGAUGUCAAGAGGCUUAUUGGAAGAAAGUUUGAGGAUAAAGAAGUACAGAAGGAUAUGAAGCUUGUUCCUUACAAAAUUAUCAACAAAGAUGGUAAGCCUUACAUAGAGGUGAAAGUUAAAGAUGGGGAAACUAAGGUGUUCAGUCCUGAGGAGAUCAGCGCCAUGAUUUUGACUAAGAUGAAGGAGACAGCUGAGGCUUACCUUGGGAAGACAAUAAAGGAUGCAGUUGUUACAGUUCCUGCAUACUUCAAUGAUGCUCAGAGGCAAGCUACUAAAGACGCGGGCACAAUUGCUGGACUGAAUGUCGUAAGAAUUAUUAACGAGCCGACUGCGGCAGCAAUUGCAUAUGGUUUGGACAAGAAGGGUGGGGAAAAGAACAUUCUUGUCUUCGACCUUGGCGGCGGGACGUUUGAUGUCAGUAUCUUGACAAUUGAUAAUGGUGUUUUUGAAGUUCUUGCUACAAAUGGAGACACUCACUUAGGAGGUGAAGAUUUUGACCAGAGAAUCAUGGAAUACUUCAUCAAACUGAUCAAGAAGAAGCACGGGAAGGACAUUAGCAAGGAUAACAGGGCCAUUGGGAAAUUAAGGCGAGAAGCCGAGCGUGCUAAAAGAGCUUUGAGCAGUCAACACCAAGUUCGAGUGGAGAUCGAGUCCCUCUUCGAUGGCACAGAUUUCUCCGAGCCUCUUACCCGAGCUCGAUUCGAAGAACUGAACAACGACCUAUUCAGAAAGACAAUGGGCCCUGUCAAGAAAGCCAUGGAAGAUGCUGGUUUACAAAAGAACCAAAUCGAUGAAAUUGUACUUGUAGGUGGAAGCACAAGAAUCCCGAAGAUUCAACAGCUUCUCAAGGAUUACUUCAACGGGAAGGAGCCCAACAAAGGCGUAAACCCCGACGAGGCUGUUGCUUAUGGUGCUGCAGUUCAAGGAGGAAUCUUGAGUGGCGAAGGUGGCGACGAAACCAAAGAUAUUCUUCUCUUGGACGUUGCUCCAUUGACACUCGGCAUCGAAACUGUCGGAGGAGUGAUGACUAAACUGAUUCCAAGAAACACUGUCAUCCCUACUAAAAAAUCACAAGUUUUCACCACCUAUCAGGACCAACAAACUACAGUCACCAUUCAGGUCUUCGAGGGUGAAAGAAGUCUUACGAAGGAUUGUAGGCUGCUCGGAAAAUUUGAUCUCACCGGAAUCGCCCCAGCACCAAGAGGCACUCCUCAAAUUGAAGUUACAUUCGAAGUCGACGCCAACGGAAUUCUUAAUGUGAAGGCCGAAGACAAGGCAUCCGGAAAAUCCGAAAAGAUCACGAUCACCAACGACAAGGGCCGUCUAAGUCAGGAUGAGAUCGAGCGAAUGGUGAAGGAAGCCGAGGAAUUCGCCGAGGAGGACAAGAAGGUAAAAGAGAGGAUCGACGCGCGCAACAGCCUGGAGACGUACGUAUACAACAUGCGGAACCAGAUCAGCGACAAGGACAAGCUGGCCGACAAACUGGAGUCAGACGAGAAGGAAAAGAUCGAGACGGCAACGAAGGAGGCCCUCGAGUGGCUGGACGACAACCAGAGUGCGGAGAAAGAGGACUAUGAGGAGAAGCUUAAGGAAGUCGAGGCUGUGUGCAAUCCUAUUGUCACCGCCGUCUACCAGCGCUCCGGUGGCGCCCCUGGCGGCAGCGGCGGCGGCGGCGAUGACGACGACAAUGACCAUGAUGAGCUGUAGAAGUGAUGGUGUUGUUUGAUGGAUCGGAUGUUGAAGAGCAUGGGACGUGAAGAGUUUUGAGGAGAUGAUGAAAGAGAGAGAAAUAGAGUUGGUGAGUGAUGGUUUUGACGAAUCCUUCCCUACUCUUACUCUGCCUCUGCUGCCAUGGUUGGUGGGUUUUGAGGUUUUAUGUUCUUCCAUGUGAUACUACUCUCUACACCAAGUAAUAAGUAACAUGUGAAAAUUGAUUGAUUUGUUAUUUUGGGAGUGCUUUUAAUACUGCAUUGUUUACUUCAAUUAUUAAAAUGAAACCAUUUAAAAUAUGUCACUACAUAUUUGUUACAUAAUUUUUUUAUUUUUCCUUUUAAUUCAAUAGCAUGUAAA